ACAAACGCUUAACGGCUUUAAACCCAAAAUCACACGCCUCUCUGCUCUGUAACUCCGUCACUCCAUUUCCAUGGCUUCCGUUCCCCUAUCUUCUCUCUCCCUCAACCACAACCCUACCUCUCUCAGCUUCAUCUCCACAGCUUCAGAUCACUUCAGGCUUGCUUCACCUACCUUUCAAUUCGCCACCGUCAGCAAAUUUCGCUGCGUCAGGUUCGCCGUGAGUUGCAGAGCUUCCUCCGUCGUCUUCCACAACCUCGACGCCGAUGACUUCCGCCACCCUCUCGAUAAACAGAAUACGUUGAUUUUGAGAGCGAUUCCAGGACUAACUGAAGUUGGAAAGGUUCUACUAGGAUCUGUUACGGAGCAAGUGAUGCUUCUUGAGAAUAUCGGAACGUCCCUUCUUGUUUCGGAAAAUCAGCUUUCUGAUCUACAUAAAUUGAUGGUUGAAGCCGCGGACAUACUCAACAUUGAUGCUCCUGAUUUAUAUGUUCGUCAAAGUCCUGUACCAAAUGCAUACACUUUAGCAAUAAGUGGUAAAAAGCCAUUUGUUGUUAUCCAUACUAGUCUAGUGGAGCUUUUGACACGAGAAGAGUUGCAGGCUGUUUUGGCUCAUGAGUUGGGUCAUUUGAAAUGCGACCAUGGUGUGUGGCUUACAUUUGCAAAUAUCCUUACCCUUGGAGCUUAUACCAUACCUGGGCUUGGUGGCAUGAUUGCUCAGAGUUUAGAAGAGCAGUUAUUUCGUUGGCUUCGAGCAGCAGAGCUAACCUGUGAUCGUGCAGCCCUUCUUGUUGCUCAAGACCCAAAGGUGGUCGUCUCUGUGUUGAUGAAACUAGCUGGUGGAUGCCCAUCUAUGGCUGAUCAACUAAAUGUGGAUGCAUUUUUGGAACAAGCUCGCUCUUAUGACAAAGCUUCUUCAAGCCCUGUAGGCUGGUAUAUAAGAAAUGCACAAACGAGGCAACUUUCACAUCCUUUGCCAGUACUACGAGCUCGUGAAAUUGAUACAUGGUCAAGAAGUCAAGAGUACAGAACUCUUCUAAAACGAGCAACACAGAUCACUGCUGGAUCAAAAAUUUUAACAACACCUGGAAGAUAGAGUAAGAUCCAAAGCAGAGUGGAAAAGUGUCACCUCUUUUCUCCACUUAGUUUUUAAGUGAAGCUCCUUGGUCUAAUUACUAGAAUGUGGAAAAUCCUUUUACCUUUUCAUUAAUGUUUUCAUAGAGUUACAAAGAUCUAGUAAAACUCCUUUUAUGUUUCAUUUAUGAAGCCUCAAAUAGCAGCAGCCAGCAGGGAGCUUGGGAAAUAAAGAGCAUUUUUGCUUAGCGUCGUAUGCACAGUCUUGCUGUAACUAAAGUCUGCAGAUUGAGAAUGCAGAUGGAGUCAUAAGUUGUAAGUUGAGUACUUUGGCUUGUCAAUCCUUUGCAGUAUAAGAGAUGUAGUUUGUAUAAGUGAUAGUAAUACUCCUCUUACAGUGAACAUAGAAUUAGGUUGUUUAUAAUACUUGGUACUUCCCUGAUGAACUCAUUUUGUAUAGUAUAUUCCUUUUGUUGUA